UACCAUUUGAUUAAAAAAUUUAAAAAGAUUACAAGAGUCUUGCUCCUACCCACAUCAUUUGAAGUUUGAACUAGAGAAUUACAGUAAGAGGCAAGGUUUGUGAGGGCUUUUCAUGGAACGGAAUGUGCCACCCAGUUACAUCUUUUAAGUUUUAACAAAAGAAAAAGAUACUGAACGACAAUCCAAAUGCACCUGGGAGCUACUGGCCAUAGAAUCUAUGAUUCCUUGAGCUAUCCACUGAAAACCAGGAUCAUCACUACCUUCUCUAAACCAUACCGCCGCUUCAUUACUGCCUCUGUUCGCUCUUCCACUCUCAGAUUUAAGGGUUGCAGUAUUACCAGUAUCAGCGCUACCAAACAUAAUUUCGUAGCAAUGGAAACUCAUGGGACUGAUGACAUUACAGUUGUAGAUUCUCCCCUUACUCUCCAACACAAAAUUCAGGCAAUUCGAUCCGAUGGUCCUUCUAAGCUACAGGUUAUAGCAGAUUUUGAUGCAACCUUGACCCGCUACAUGGUCAAUGGAGCUCGUGGCCAAAGUAGUCAUGGACUUUUGCAGCAAGGGAAUCCAGAGUAUGAUGCCAAGAGGCAAGCCUUGUUUGAUUACUAUCAUCCUCUUGAAUUUUCGCCUACUAUUCCAUUGCAGGAGAAAGCCAAGCUCAUGGAAGAAUGGUGGGGGAAAACCCAUAAUCUUCUUCUCGAGGGAGGCCUUACAUAUGAUGCAAUUAGCCAGUCUGUUGCAAACUCCACUAUUGCUUUUAGGGAUGGUGUUGUUGAGCUAUUGGAGUUUCUUGAGGAGAGAGACAUUCCUGUUCUUAUAUUUUCAGCAGGGCUAGCAGAUAUCAUAGAGGAGGUCCUCAGGCAGAAACUCCACCGGUCUUUUAAAAAUGUCAAAGUUGUCUCAAAUAGAAUGGUAUUUGACAAUGACGGCCGCCUCAUUUCUUUUAAAGGGAAGUUAAUUCACGUUCUAAACAAAAAUGAACAUGCCCUUGACAUGGCUGCACCUGUUCAUGAGCAUCUUGGUGACAUUGAUGGGCUGAUUGAUGAUAAUACCGCAGCAGCCUUGGUGAAAAAGAGGACCAAUGUGCUGCUUCUUGGUGAUCACUUGGGCGAUUUGGGAAUGUCUGAUGGGUUGGACUAUGAGACUCGAAUAUCAGUGGGGUUCCUGAACAACAAUAUCGUGAACAAUCUUCCAAGCUACCGGAAGGCCUUUGACAUUGUUUUACUGAAUGAUGCACCGAUGUGGGAGGUAGUCCAGCUUGCUUCUCAACUCUGCCCAAAUGAAGAUUCUUAAAUUCCUCGUGGUUGAAGUUCUUCUCCAGUGCUGGCUGCUCAAAUAAUGUUGAUUUUUGGUGGCCUUCGCAUCCGCUCUUUAUCGAGUCUUUUAUGUCGGAUGAUAUGGUUAAUUGUGAGAAUUAUAAAUUUGUAAAUUCUCAUUUCACUUUAUCUUUUGUAUGAAUUCUUCUUAUUUAUUUUUAAUCUAUCUUCAUCUGAGGUUUUAAUUUAGGGGUUCCAAUCUAGUCGGAAUUCUUUCUUUAUUAAAAAAAAAAAGAGUUUUAUCUCCGGUUUCUCUUUUGUAGCAGCUGAAACCUUUAGCAGCUCUAUUACUUCCAGGAUGUAAUAUGUCUAUGAAUAUCAUCGAGAAUCUGAGAAUUUGAGCUAUGAUUAUCUCCAAAAAUGCUAUCAUUCCUCCAACUUCAAAUUCUCCAGAUUGUGACCCCAAACAGCCUAGGCCAGUUAGGAUUCUUAGAAGAAUUACCAUUGCUGGACAGAUUCAAAAUUAACCAAUCUUCUUAAGGCAAAGAAAAAAACUUACCCCUCAUGGAGCAUUCAACAAUCAUAUUCUAUGAUUGCUUUAAACUUUUCAGUUCACUUAUAACUCUUUAACUUUUUCAUAUCUAUUACACCGUUACUUGAUUGCCGUUGUGAGAAAGGUUUUGAGAGCUAACUGGCAUAUUUAUCACAAAUUCCACAAGUCAUCUAGCUCUGGAAGAGAUAUGCACAACACAAUUUUAUGAGAUACCAAUGCCCACUUGAGGCUUAUUCCUUCUUAUUAUUACUGAUAUUAUUAUUACAUUAUACAACUUGAUGAACUUCAGACUCUGGACCUAGAUCCAGGGCUAAGCACUGUAACUUCCUGUCUAUUAUCCUUAAGCCUCCUUGCUUCCUCAACGGAAACCUGGAAUGCGUUUGCUAAUACUUCCUCCGGCAUCGACCUGAUUGCUGACACACGUCCUGCCAGUUGGCUGAUUUGAGCUCUGUCAUUAGUCUUGAAUGACACCCAUUCUAGACCUUCAUUGCUUGCCUUUGUUAUUACAACAAAGUUCUGAGGAACUGUUAACAUUUGACCUCUUUGAACCUGUCCGUCGAACACCGAGUUUCCGUUUUCAUUCACGAUCUGAACUCGGCCACUUCCUCUGGUUAUGUAUCGGAUGCUGUGUGCGUUGAUGUUCCAGUGUGGUGUCAUUAAAGCGUUCUGCACAAAAUUAUCAAGAUAUUUUUAUCGCAUUAAACUUUAAUCCAUGUUAGGACAAAUAGUAUCUUUAGUUCUUACGGAGUAAAGAACAGCUUUCUGAAUGCUGAGUCGGAGGAAUCUGAGGAUGGGGAGGUUGUGACUGUUGACGUUGGUAACACGGCCGGCACGUGGGUUAAAGAUGUCAGAUUCUGAUGGGUUAUCGAGAUUGUGUCUCAUCCUGGCAGUACAGAAAGUUUCUUCUACACCAUUAAACAAAGGUGGGCUUCUGCUUCCACGGCUUCUCUCUAACUGUCUUUGUGCUUCCUCCCUCUGUUGUUGUCGUUCUUCUUCUUGGCUUCUUGGUGGUGCUAGCAUCUCGAGAUCAUGCUCGACAUUAACAAUAAUGCCUCUGUUAUCAUUUUCACCUCUCAACUUUCUUGCGAGAUUGGAGUCGAUGUUGAAAGCUUCAGAUAUAAUACUCUCGUCCAAUCCUGAAAAGACAUUGCUCGAUCUUCGGCUUUCUCCUCUCGCGCUGCUUCCUCUUCCUCCGCGGCUUCUCAUGGAAGAUUCACCUCUCUGGCUCUGUACUUCUUGUUGAGGAUUACCGGCAAGGAAAAAGUCCUGAAACAUGAUCAAUUAUUAAUAACUGCUUCUGAUGGAUUGUAAAUUAUGAGAUUAACUAAUCUUACUCUGUGAUUCUGAUCGAGCUGGUUGGCAGGAUUGCUGGUGUCAAUGAUUUGGACAAGAACAAGAGGGUUACGGCCAUUGUUGUAAAUCCAUUGAGCGACUCCGGCAGGUAAGGAAAUGACAUCUCCUUGUCGGAUUUGACGAACCUUCUGAUGCUGGUCGCGCUGGCUCUCACCUUGUCUUCCAGUGAACUGCGACUCUGAUGGUGAUUGGUAUGUCUCUGCACAACCUGGAAUCACAGCUCCCUGAAUACCAUUACCUGCAUCCACCAUAAAAAGUUGCAUUAUAACUUCGUGUAUAUCUUAUACAUGAAUCAAAAAUUUGACAGCCACAAAUUGACAGUUUUGUUAGCAUAAGACUUGAGUCUAAUUCCAAUUAAAAUACUUGCCUUGGACGACAUAAAUGAGCUUAGGGCCAUUGACGUAUUGUGGCAACAAUAGGCCUUUCUGUUGAAUGGUAUGGCGCAUAGCUACAACACCAACACAUUGGAACUGUUGAUCAUUCUCAUCCCAGAUUUCUGUCUGACCAGCUUCCGAAUUGAAGCUACGAGAAGGCUCAACUGCAUUAAUCCGGUUGAGUUGACACUCAUCGCGUUGCCACCUUUGCUGUCGCUGCGACUCGCCUUGUCCGCGUGAAGUAACCUGCUCUAUUUGUGCAACAGAGCCAUGGAAAAGAACAAGAAUGCAAAUACUGAGAGAAAGCAAAGAAGAGUAAUUAGCCAUUGUGUUUGUUUAAUGGAGAGAAGCUAAUUUGGUGAUGAGAGUGCGAGUGAGAUAGGUUGGUAUUUAUAGGGUUCCAUGUUCGGGACGUGGCGAGUUGUGUUUGAUUUUUCUGCAUGUAUGUUUGUCUAUCUGUGUUGCAGAGUAUGUAUGUUUUGAUGUUUUGCCAAGAGGAGAUUAAUUCAAUUUGCAGCUGUUGCUUAUAUAAAUGAGAUUAUGCAUAAGGAUGGUUUUA